AAGGGCCCGCACUCUCCCUCAGCUGUCAGCGUCAUAUUCUCCUCGCGUCCUCCUCCGCUCCUCGUUAGGGUUUUAGAUCUCUUCUUCCCCGAUCGCAGUGAGAAAGCGAGACACAGCGAGAGAGAAGCGCGAUCCCAUGGGUUACGACGCGAUGGCAAACAGCGCGAAGAAGAAGCGGACGAAUCGAUCGGGCAAGUUGAAGCAUUGCAGGUCCGAUGCCGGUCGCGAGCAAUGGCUUUCUCAAACCAAGGGCGAGGAUGAUUGCAAGAUUUUGGGCGAGGAUCAUCCCUCGCUGUCACGGAAAGAUGUUGGUGGCAGUAAGAUUAGGAUGAUAGGCGAGGAUGAAGCUCCCCAUCGGCAGAGGCGCAGUGAUUCGGGCCCUCCUCCGAUGCCACAUCAGCGAGGAAGUAUGAUACGCAGACGCAGUACUGAUUCUAGUUCGCCGAGUGUUACGGAUGCUGAUGAGGAGGACGAUCAUGUAGACGAUGGGGUGCUUGACGAUUGGGAGGCGGUGGCGGACGCCAUAUCAGAAGUGAAUGACUUGGCCGACCAUGACCCUGAGGAUCAUCUUGUCCCUGCGGCCCUUUCAUCGGUUGCAACUGCUUCUCCAAUCGCUAGCCGACCUACCACAAGGCCAGAACCCAUUAGAAGUGCUCCUAGAGCUUGGAAACCGGAUGAUGCAUCUAGGCCCCGUAGCCUUCCCAGUAUCUCCAAGCAGUGGAGCUUCCCUGCUAAAGUAGAUCAAAAGCUUUGCUUGGUUGGCCAACAGAAAGACACCCUUUUGUUGCCUUGCCCAUGCCCUAUCUGUUAUGAGGAUUUGGAUCCAACGGACUCCAGGUUCUUCCCUUGUUCGUGUGGCUUUCGACUCUGCCUCUUCUGCCACAAGAGGAUUCUUGAGGAUGAUGGGGGUUGCCCUGGUUGCAGGAGGCCAUAUAAUUCAUUUCUCUAUGGACAACAGACAAUCAAUUCUAUUGGGACACCACUAAUGCCACACUGUCUAUCUUGUUCUUUUAGCAUGAUCUCAAGAUCUUCUAGCAGGGAGCAUUAGUUUCUUGUUGUAGGUGCAAUUGUCAUCCAAUUAUUAAGGCAUGCAAUGUUCUUUCUGAUAGAUUGAACAUAGUGAUGUAGCUUGGAACUUUUAUACAAUAUUGUCAAGAAAAGGCUAUCUUUACAUACCAUGUAUCAGUGUCAGUGAGCAUUUGCAUCAAUUCUCAGAACCUGUAUCUGCGAAUAUCUCUGAAGACAUUAAUAAUAGUUAUAUUUCAUCAAGCCAAUAAAAAAUGUGAUGGGUUUGUGUUUGUAAAUAGAACUUGAUCAUGCUUUCAAUCAUGUGGUAUGAUUCAUGUGCCUAAUCUCCAGAGUUAGAUAAGUUUUCCACAUUUUCCUUGAUAGAGUAAGAUCCUAUUAAGGAGUGAGACUGAUGGAUGGCCUGGAGAAAAGGUAAGUCUAUAUAUUCUUCUUUGUUUGAUUUAACCAUUUGCUUUGUAAAGUUCUUUGCUCCUACAUUUUGGCAGAUUUUUUUUUAAAAAAUUUUCAAGUCAUACCUGCAGGUCACUUGUUGCUAUAUUAAGAUGAUAAGAUCUCAUGCAGUUUCUGAAUUUCUCAUAAUUACUAUUCUUGCUUAUUGAUUCUGAAAGAUGAAGUGAAGAUCCACCUUGCUCCUUUUCUCCGUCAGGUACAAACUCCGUUGUCAUCUCUGAAGUGCUUCACUUGUACCAAAUUUUUUCAUGUGUAUGGUAAUGACAACUAUUGCUGAUGAAAGAGAGAUUACAUAAAUUUAAAUUAUUUAAGGAGCAGGCUUUGAACGUCUUAGCUUUAGGUGUGGAAUGUUUUUGUGACUAUUAAUUUAGGCUGUAAAAUUAGACCGAGUAAUAGGAAGAAAGAUCUACUAUUCCUUCUGAUUGCAGUAUUUAAAAAUAAAUGUAUUAAGUGAAAGUGGAUGGCUAAUGUGUCCAUGUUGAAGAUUAGAAGAGUUUCAAACAUCCAUAGAAUAGUUCGGUUUACUAUUCUAAUAAUCAAAAAAUUCAAAAUCAUGGAGAUACUAAAUUGAGGGACAACUUUCUAUUAUGAGAAUAAUUUUAUAGAAACUAGUUUAUGGGUCAAAUCAUGAAUUGUGUUCUUUUUUCUAAAAAAAAUAAUGAAUUGUGUGAGAGGGUAAUUGAAGGGAGAAUAAGCUGUAGGACUAAGCAUCUAAGGUUUAAUGUAGUUUACUUGUUGAUGAACUAUCAACCUUGUUUGAUUUUUCCAACUAAAUUAAACAGGAAAACCAUUAUAUAUAAUGGUAGUUCAUGUUAAUAUGUCAAGGGAGUCUGUCUUAUUGGCUUGUUAAAUGUUUUAUUCUAAUCCAACUCCCUUAAUAUACAGAUUAAUGUUUGUUGUUUGCACAUGAAAUGUCAUAUGAUCUUAAAUGGGUUAGCCGAGCACAAUCAGUUAAUUAUGAGUACCAUUAUUUGUUUCAUUAUUUGCCAUUAUAUAAUAUCAAUUGAAAAUAGUAUUUGAUAAAAAUUGAUUAAAAUAACAUUGUUGCGGGUUUGUAGUUUUACAGGAACAUGCUGAACUCAGACUUAAUGUGGCUUUCUUGCUUAUAGACCCUCGAAGUUGGGAGAUAAUACAUGAUCAUCUGUGUGUUUGGAAAGACCCCACAAAUUGUGUUGCACUUUCAAAACAAAUGACAAGGGAGUUUUAAUAUUCGAUCACGAUGUUUUUUCAAGUAUCAUGUAACUAGUACUGUUGUUGAAAUUGCGAAUUGUGAAUCUGUCAUACCUGAUUGUGUUGCAUUCAUGUCAAACAUUGGUUCGAACAUUUACGCUGUGAUCGCGUAUUCUUCAAAACUCCAGUUCUGAGUUGAGUUUAUUUCUCA